AUGGCAUGGGAGCCCAGCCUUGGAGCCUUCUACGGCCCCGUGGCGUUCAUCGUCCUGGUCACCUGCAUCUACUUCCUGUGUACCUUCAUUCAGCUGAGGCGCCACCCCGAGAGAAAGUACGAGCUGAAAGCCCUGACUGAGGAGCAGCAGAGGCUGGCAUCCGUCACCGACGUGGGUGGGCAUUGCCAUCAGGGAGGGGAAGGGGAGCCCGGAGCCCUGCCACCACCGCCCAAUGGAGGGCACUGCCCUGCGGGCUGCCACUCGUCCACUGCCAUCAACCCCUCUAUGCUGGCCAACGAGCAUUCGUUCAAGGCCCAGCUGAGGACGGCAGCCUUCACCCUCUUCUUGUUCGUGGCCACGUGGGCCUUCGGGGCGCUGGCUGUGUCACAGGGCCACUUUCUGGACAUGAUCUUCAGCUGCCUGUAUGGUGCCUUCUCCGUCACGCUGGGCCUCUUCGUGCUCAUCCACCACUGUGCCAAGCGGGACGACGUGUGGCACUGCUGGUGCGCCUGUUGCCCCGGGAGACGCGCCAACCAUGGUUGCCACGGCCAUGGUCACGGCCACACUCGUCCAAAGAUUAAUGUCAAUGGGGAUGCCUUAGGGCAUGGGCACGGGCAUGGGCACUGCCACCUGGAUUCGCCUUGCCCGGGUAAGGCCCUGUUAGGAGGACACACCCACAGUGGCACCUUGGGUCACUGUAAGCAUGGCAGCCUGGCGUCAUCGCAGAACCAUGUGACGUGCCUGCCCCCUGUGGUGCCCUGCUGCCAGCAGCUGAUGGAGGAGGAGCCUCCCGCACACGUGCUGCUACACGCCGACCCCGAGGGCUACCGGCCAGACAUCCACCUGCAUCGAUGCCUGAAGGGCAGCACUAGGACUAAGCCUCGCCACUUCAGCCGUCACCGGCAGGCUGGCACAGGAGGGGGAGGAGGGGUGGGAGAGAGGGAGUACGCCUACCACAUCCCCUCCAGUGUAGACGGAGGCUCUAUCCACAGCUCCCACACAGACAGCCCUCACAGCACGCACGAGCGCCACGGACACAUCUGCCACCUGGCUGCUGCCCCCCACGAAGUAGGCCACCACACGUGCCAAGCUGCGACGGCUCACGAGGCGGCGCUGGCAUGCCACGCCCCCUGCCACCGGCACGUGCCUUGCUGUGCUAAGGCGGACCUGUUCCCCACUCUGUGCCAGGUGGAGGCAGGCGACACGGGUACCUUUCUGUGCGGCUGUGGCAAAAUAGCCAAUGAGGAGGACCUGAUCGUGCCUCAUCACCAGCUGGAGAUGCACCCACGUAGACAGUCCUACCCCCAGAACCCACCGCCCAAUCAGAAUGGCAUCCUUAAAGGCGGCCUGCACGAGGGUUUCCUGUACGCAUCAGACAGCACAGGGAAUAUACGCACUGGACCCUGGAGAAAUGAAACUACUGUGUAG